UUCACCCCCCUCUUUUUUUUUUGUCAUUGUAAUCGGGAAUAGGAAGAAGAAGAAGAAAAUGGGAAGACAUCUGGGCUUAUUGCUGAGCUUGAUCUGUAGCCUACUUGUUGGGGUAGCAGUUGCAGAUUGGAACAUCUUGAACCAGAGGAUAGUGAAGAACAAAAAUGGGAUGAAGAUAACCCUCAAGAACUACUGUGAAGCUUGGAGGAUUAAUGUGGAGCUCCACAACAUUCGCAACUUCGAGGUUGUUCCAGAAGAAUGCACAGAUUACAUCGGCAAAUACAUGAGCUCCACUCAGUUUAAGGUGGAUUCCGCGAAAGCAAUCGAGGAAUGCACUAUCUAUCUCAGCACCACCUUCAAGUUGACUGGAGAUGGCAAGGAUGCCUGGGUUUUCGAUGUUGAUGAUACCCUCCUCUCCACUGUUCCUUAUUUCAAGAAGCAUCGUAAUGGGGGGGAGAAGUAUAACAUUACCUCUUUUGAAAAAUGGGUGUGGGAAAGGAAAGCUCCAGCUCUUGAGCACUCACUGAACCUCUUCAAACAGAUAAAAGGGAAAGGGAUGAAGAUCUUCAUAAUAUCUUCAAAAGGAGAGCACCUAAGGGAUCCCACUACUGACAACCUCUUUAAAGUUGGUUACACAGGGUGGUCUGGUCUCAUGCUAAGGAGUUGUGAGGACAAUGGCAAGACAGUGCAACAGUUCAAAGCUGAGCAGAGGAAAAUGCUGAUCAGUGAGGGCUAUCGUAUAUGGGGAAUGGUUGGAUCACAGUGGACCAGCCUCUUGGGACUUCCUACUGCCAUGAGAACAUUUAAGCUUCCCAAUUCCUUAUACUACAUUCCCUGAAAGGCCUCCAAUGGAAUGAGUUGGAUCAUAAACAGUAAUGGAUCAUUUCAGAUCCAAAUUAAAUGUGAAACUUCAACCAAUUUGACUCAACUUAGGCACCGUUUGACAAC